AUGUCUGUAGCCGGCUGGGCUGCCUGGCUGUUCCGGGCGGUGCGGCAGCUCGGAGCUUCACAGCCUCCUGCUCCUCCCACUCCCCGGGAGCCCGACCCCCGGGGACCGGCCUCUCCACAUGCCGACUGGAUGGGCAACCUCCCGCCGGCUCUCAGCGCCCUGCCUCUCGCCAAUCUGGCCGUGCCAGGAUCUCACAAUUCCUUUAGCUUUUGGAUCGACGAAAAAUCCCCAGUGGGCCCGGACCAGCCGGUUGUGGUCAGGCACAUGGCUGGAAUUUUCCGGUCCUCCUGGAAGAAGAUGAUGAAGAGAUGGUCGGUGACACAAAGCUUGACUUUUCGGGAGCAGCUAGAGGCCGGUAUCCGUUAUUUUGACCUCCGCGUUUCCACCAAACCCGGGGACAGCCAGGAACUUUAUUUCAUCCAUGGUUUAUUUGGCAGCAAGGUUCACGAUGGUCUGAUCGAGAUUGACAAUUUCUUGACAGCUCACCCCAAAGAGGUGGUUUUCCUCGAUUUCAACCACUACUACGAAAUGGAGGGCUCAAACCACGAAUACCUUAUCCAGAUGCUUAGAAACACCUUCGGGUCCAAACUCUGUCGAGCUAACCUGGUGGAGGAAAUAACGCUGCAGUAUUUAUGGGAACAUAAGUAUCAGGUGCUUGUGUUCUAUCACCAUCCCAUGGCCCACGACUUUCCCUUUCUGUGGCCGGGUAAUCAGAUGCCAGCGCCCUGGGCAAACACCAUUGACGCACGGAAGUUGGUGCAGUUUCUGGAGACCACCCUGAACGAGCGGGCAAAAAGGGGGACUUUCCACGUGUCCCAGGCCAUCCUCACCCCUCAGACCAAGACGGUGAUUCGCGGGCUCAUCGUUGGACUACGCGACUUUCUCGUCGCUAGAAACCUGCCGACAAUAAUGAACUGGGUGAAGUCUCAGAAGCCUGGUGUCAAUGGUGUCAACAUCAUUACCUCAGACUUUGUGGAACUUGUUGAUUUUGCUACGACUGUGAUCAACUUAAACGACUUGCUGCUACAUGACAGGAGCAAACGUGAACAAAUUUAGUGCACUUUCUUAUUCUGGGCAGGGUAUCAUUUUGUGUAAUUGCUCGCAGGGAGUUUAGUUACCAUAUGCAUCAAUAUUAGGCUCAUUCGGUCCGCUCCGAAAUCCAUCUUAGUGACUGCCUUUGGCUUUAUAUUUCAGGUUAAAAAAAUCUGAAAUCUCCACUUACUACAGGAACGACCAAACAUCUCAUAUCUGCACUCCAUCAGAAGGACUGUAGCACCUCCACAGUUGGAGGAUGACAACUUUAUACAGACAAGGCCCAUCGGCUGCUGUAGAAAUGUAUCACAGAAAAGGCUUUGGAUGUAAUGAU